GAUCUUGAUAAAAGCCUUAAUCCUAAAUCCAUCAUUUUGUUUCCAUCUGGCCCUUUGUGGAUCAGCCAAAUCUUUGUCGAUGUUUCUCUUGUUUACCAGCCUUUUGAGAGGAUCCCUAAGCCGUCCGUGUGCUUGAGAAGUGAGUUGUGAAGCUAAACAGCCGUGGUAGCAGGGAGGGAACAACAGCCCAUACAAGCUCUACUGAACAGCAGCAGCAGGGUUCUCUCUUCCUCACACACAUUCGCUCCCAUAGUGAAAGAGCCCAGCGAUACCAGGCUGUUCCUAUGGCAGAGCUCACGCCUCUCCUAGACACAAAGCCCUGUUUCCGAUGGGAAUCAGAAGCUGACUGUUGAACACAAAGAAGAGCGUGAGAGAGAGGGAGGCAGAGACAGGGGGAGGGAGGGAAAGACGCUUCCGUUGCCUUUUCGUUUCCUCACAGAGGCAGAGGGAGAUCAUAGAUGCAUUAUAGACAGAGAGGGAGCGAAGGGAUUGCAGUCAGGCUCAGCUGCUGAUUCCCCUAGCUGGGGGCUCAGUGACUGUUUGUCAUUUUAGGAAGCUGGCGGAGCAACGCUACAAUCUAGCUCCCACACUUCAGGCAGACCGCAGAACCAGAAACACACGGGCAGCAGACACGCAGAACCAGAGACAUACGGCAAACAGAAACACUGAAAGAGGACCAGGCUUUCGAAUGUAGAUGGACCACCGGUUAGUCCUGGCCAUGACCAGGAGUCACCGUGACCGCACCAAGAUGAGUGGACUACGUGAAGUUCACUUCAGUUAGGUUUCCUUUUCAAAGUGUCUGAUGCAGUGAUCCAGCCCCAGCGGUGAGGAGGUAGAGAGGUGGGCAUGGCAACUGGUCCCGGGCUGGAGUGGCCUGGCCUGCUCCUGCUGUUGAUGACUACUGUGGCCACUCAGAGCCAAGGCUGUCCCCAGCGCUGUGAGUGCCAGGCCAAGCUCAAGUCUGUGGCCUGUCAGGGCAAGCGCCUGUCUGCCCUGCCUGACGGCAUCUCCGCGGACACGCGCCUGCUGGACCUGAGCGGGAACAGGCUUCGCUCGGUGGAGCAUGGGGACCUCCUGUCCUAUCCUCGGCUGGAGGAGCUGGACCUGAGUGAGAACGUCAUCAGUGUCCUGGAGCCCAAUGCCUUCUCCAGCCUCCAGAGCUUGAGGGUCCUGUCGCUGAGGGGGAACCAGCUUAAGCUGGUCCCCAUGGGAACAUUCUCACGCCUCACCAACCUUACUACAUUGGACUUGAGUGGGAAUAAAAUUGUUAUCCUUUUGGACUUCACCUUCCAGGACCUGAAGAGCCUAAAAAAUCUGGAGGUUGGUGACAAUGACCUGGUCUACAUCUCCAACAAGGCCUUCCUGGGCCUGGUUGGGCUGAAGGAGCUCACCAUUGAAAGGUGUAACCUGACUUCCAUCUCCAGCCAGUCUCUGUCCUACCUCCGCAACCUGGUGACUCUGCGCCUGCGCUACCUCAGUAUCUCCUCCUUGGAGGACCAGAACUUCCGUAAGCUGGGUGGGCUGAGGGGGCUGGUGAUUGACCACUGGCCCUUCCUGGAGCACAUCUCUCCUCACAGUCUUCAGGGCCUGAACCUGUCCUGGCUGUCCAUCACUAACACCAACAUCACUUCAGUUCCCACAGCCGCCCUGCGCAGCUUGGCCCACCUGACCACCCUCAACCUUUCCUACAACCCCAUCUCUGUGCUGGAGUCCUGGGCACUCAGAGACCUGGUCCGGCUGAAGGAGCUGCAUCUGGUCAGCACCAAGCUGACGACGGUGCAACCGUAUGCCCUUGGCGGCCUUCGGCAGAUCCGCGUUCUUAACCUGUCCACUAACUCCCUGGUGACCCUGGAAGAGGGCUCCUUCCAGUCUGUCAACACCCUGGAGACACUGCGUGUGGAUGGCAACCCUCUGUCCUGUGACUGCAGGUUGCUCUGGAUCCUCCAGCGUAGGAAAACCCUGAACUUUGAUGGGAAGUCCCCAGUAUGUGCAGGCCCAAUGGAGGUGCAGGGCCGAGCCCUUAGCGCCUUCUCAGACUCUGCCCUCUUUGACCACUUUACCUGUCAGAAGCCCAAGAUACGCAACAGGAAGCUGCAGCCGGUGACUGCCAGGGAGGGCCAAGUGGUGUCCUUUGUUUGCCAGGCAGAGGGAGAGCCCACGCCCAUCAUUUUCUGGGUUUCUCCGCAGCGCCGGCGUAUCACUACUAAAAGCAUUGGACGGGUCACAGUCCUUCCAGAGGGAACACUGGAGAUCCGCUAUGCCCAAGUGACAGACAGCGGCACUUACAUAUGCAUCGCCAGCAAUGCUGGAGGCAACGCUACCUACUUUGCCACGCUGACCGUAAACGCACUGCCUCUGGACGCUGCGCUUGUGGCCAACCGCACAUACUACCCAGGUGACCUCAAUGACACCAAUCUAAAUGACACCAAGGUUUUCCUCAAGUUCACCCUGGACCUCAAGACAAUCCUGAUAUCCACAGCUAUGGGAUGCUGCUUAUUCCUUGGGGUGGUUGUCUUCUGUUUUCUCAUGCUGUUUGCAUGGAGCCGUGGCCGGGGGCAGCACAAGAACAACUUCUCUGUAGAGUAUUCCUUCAGAAAGGUGGAUGGUCCUGCUGCCAGUGGUGGACAAGGAGGGGCUCGAAAGUUCAACAUGAAGAUGAUUUGAUUCUGAAUACAACUUACUCUUUAGAAUUGUAUCGGGACAGAAUUAUGACUUUGGAUUUCAAACUGACUCGGUCAGUUAAGAAGUCAAAUCAUUAAGUCUAUGAAUAUGUUUGUAUUUGUAAAUGUCUGUAUCAACAAACAGUAAACGUAAAUUGAUUUGGUACAGAUAGAUUUUUUUUGUCUCAAAUGCUGUUUGUGUAUUGUUGUCUAUAUUGUGCAGAAGAAUCAAGAAGAUAUAUAAUGAUGUCACCAAAUCCUAUUGACUGUUAAGAUUUAAAACAUAAGACCCCUGCACAGCUCCAUCUGUUUCUCUACAGUGAACCCUCCAUUUCAUGUGACUUCAUUAUUCCACCUGAGCUGAUUGGAAACCAUCUUUCCUCACUCAUGAAUACAUAAUCAUAGGGUGCUCGCUGAAUGCCAAGAACUUGCCAAUACUAAUUUAAACAGAUCAUAUCAUUUGUUUGGUUUUCCCAUAGGAGGACUUCUAAUUUGGUGUAGUGUAAAUGUAAUUAUCUACUUAAGCUGAUUUUAAUCACUGUUGGGUUGUUCUACAGUAUGAGUUACUUUUUAGCAACUUUUUAUAUUUGAAAUAAAGAUUGGAAAGCCUGUUAUUUAAUGAAGUUCCCUACAAUGUAGACCACAUGGAAAUUCAAUAAAUCUGAAUUUGAAUAUUAAUAAGACUUACUAAAGUGCCAAACAUCUUUAUUUUGAUAGGUCCUGCAACAUGUUUUGAGUUCUUGAAAGACUUAACCCAACACGUUAUGACCAUCAUUACAAAUCUGUUAAAACGAAUCCUUUACUAUAUGCCAUGUCUGUCAUAAUUCUUUAGUUUGUGAGCUGUAGUCCUCAUAUGUCUUUGAUAAUUUUUGAGUUUGUGAGCUGAAGCCCUCAUAUGGAAGCCCUGAAAGCCCAAGGCAAAAACAGUGUUUAAAUGUUUCUUGAUUGAACGACUUAGUAACUCAUUUGAAUUGAAAAUCACAGUUUUGGUUGUUACAUUUUUUUACAAACUCAUUCAAAUUAGAUAAAUUCCAUCUCUGGGCUUUAUGCCUUCCAUACACUUAUUUUCCCCAUAAGUGUAUGGAACCUUUAUAUAUAUAUAUAUAUAUAUAUAUAUAUAUAUAUAUUUAAGUAGAAUCCCCGAGUGUAGCCAUUUGCAAGCCAAUGGUGGGAUCUUUGGGCAAAGCAUGCAGUUUUACCAGCAUUUGCAACCCAAACAUAUGGAUGUCUGGUUCAUCAUUCCUCUAAUACAUUACAGCCUAGCCUGGGGGUCUCCAACAGAUGGAUAUUGUGCUAUCAGUAUCCCGGCAGCCACUGAUGAGCAGCUCAAAAAACAAUUGUGAUGGUACAGGCAAUUUUCUCUUGUUCCACAGUCAUACAUUCUUGGUACAUGUAUCAGUUGCUACAGUCCCCCCAGCAUCCUACUAUCUAACAAUGCUGCAGUAAAUGUAGUUUUCCUCUAAACAUUCUUAAACCUGCUUUAGGUGUACCUGACGUGUCAGUAGUAAUUACAUUAUUUGUAUCUAUUAUUUGUAUGAAUUGAAAUUGGCAUUAUUCUACAAAGCCAUCCGAGAUACGUAUUGCACAGAGAAUGUAAUUUCGAAAUGUUUUAGUAGAUUGUAUAAGGUCCCCCUUAAAUGUGCUCAUCAACAUUAGUUUAUUUCAGGUUUAUUGACUUUGCAUUAUAUACUUUCUCUUGUACAUUAAGGAAAAAGCAGCAGUCGAAAGGAGAACAAUUUCCAUAUGCUGUGUGGAAGUAAAAGUAGCUUGUGACAUUUCAUUUGUCAAGUCCCUGUUAUUGCCGAAUGAUUUGGAGACCCCGUGCCCAGGAUGGGGAUCCCACUGGCAAAAAAAACAUUCACUAAAUGACCGACAUGUAAAUGUACAAAAAGUGCACUCAAUUGUCAGAAGUGAUAACCUGCAGAGAAAGGUCUUGAAUACAGUAGAUAGCUGAUAUUGACACUACAAAAAGAAUCAAUCUCUGUAAUACAUUGCCAAACGAUAACCAAGGACACCACACAGAAAAACCUCUAAUGUAAACUACUGCUAUUCAAUGUCAUAAAAUUCUGAUACAUACAAUUUGACUAGUUUCAUAAUGAUGCAAUACAAAGAUUUAUUAAUCAAAGUAUCAUUAUUAAUGGUGAAGCAAGAAAUAUAGAAAAUUGUUCAAUGAUUAUGCACAAAGGUAAAGAUAAUUUCCAUCCAAUAUCCUUAUUCUAGUGUGUUGAGCAAUACACCUACCUGCCCUCAGAUUGAAAAUGUGUACAAACAUUUGACAUAUACAUUACGGUUGGUCGAAUGUAUAUUUCUGUCAUUUUGAAUUACUUGCUUUUGUCUGAUGGAUUUGCCCAAGGUCAAGGGAUCACACUAGAUAGAUACAGUAAAACAAAUGUAAUAUAUUUUUUGUAUAUAUUUUGUAUCUUUAAGAGGUGUUGUGGUUGAUCAUGAUGUGUUGUAAGUCAAAUUUUAUGUGGAUUAUUCUGAAUUUUAUUUUCCUUUGUGGUAAUACCCAGAAAUUGAAAUCAUAUAAGACAGACAACAUUGCACAGAUAUUAGCCCUUUCUGAGUUUUCAAACAACUUAAGAAGGACAAGCUUGCAGUCUAUCAGAUCAGUUUCUUCUUUUAAGCUUGUGGAAGCAGUGGGAGGCCUUGUGACCACCAGUGACAUGGUUUCUCAUCAGGACCCAAGUCUCAGAUGAGAAAGUCUCAGAUAUGCAGGAAAUGCUAAUGAGUGAGACCUUGAAUGAAGGAAGAGAGGUUACAGUGGAAAGGAGCCAGGCUAUGCUAGAGGGCCUUUAGUACCCAACUCACAAGGGCUGACAUCAUUUCAUUUCUGCAGAUGAAUUAGUAUAUGAUCAGAAAGGAUGGAAAGAUAAUUGUGUUCUUAAAAUUGAGCUACUGAAGAUCUUGAAAUUACAGGAUCUCAUCUAAUUUAAUUAUAUUAAAACUAUGAUCCAAAUCUACAAUGCAUAGUUUAUUAGGGAUAGCUCUAGCUUGCACUGUUCUUUCAACACCUACUCAAUAUCUUAUCAGGAACUGUAUUGCUUUGUGUUUAUUGUUUUUAUUUCAUAGAACUUUUAUAUGCUGCUAUUUUGGCCAGGUCCCUUUCGACAGGAUAAAUAGAUUAUAAAAUCAAAUUAUGUCUUUGAUUAUGACAGCAGUACAUUGUAUCUUUAGGAAGGGCAGUUAUUGCUAUGUUUUUAUAAAUCUGUACUAGACAAAACUGUUGAAUAAACUGCCCUUUUAGCACUUUG